AUGGAUACUCAAAUGAACUAUAAGCAACAUAAUACUAGAAAAAAGAUGAAAAGGUUCCGAAGCGCAUUUACAACAGAUCAAGUGAACUAUUUAGAAAAACAAUACCAAAAAUGUCCUUACAUAUCAAAUGACCAGCGAGAAGAAAUAGCUGCAAAGUUACAUAUCAGUGAAAGAGCUAUUAAAAUAUGGUUUCAAAAUCGUCGAAUGAAGGAAAAAAGAGAAGGCGGUGGUCUAGAAUUUGACAAUGAACAAAUUAGACAUGCGGAAUAUACCAAAUAUAGUAAAAGGCUACUAAAUAAUGUAAUUAAGUCAUCAUUUUUUGAACCACUACCAUCAGAAACACUGUUAAAUGGAAAAGAUUUAAAUGAAAAUUUUAUAACAAAUCAUUCCACAGAUAAUAUUGACCAAAUGAUUCCAUUGAUUAAUUCUGAACUUUCAACGGCUUCAGCUGCUCAAAAUACAGUAUCUACAGCCAAAAUAGAGCAAAAUAGUGUAUUAAUCAGUACCGAUGCCUUAUCCACGGAAUCAGGAACAACAGCUGAAAAAUCAAUUAAUUUAAGUAAAAAGUGUGAUGGUGAAAAACUUUCUAAGACAGUUAUGAAGAAACAGGCAAGUCAGAUGGAACUAGACGAAUCAAAGAGCAAUCAAUCAAACAAUAGCAUACAACAGGAAAAGACGGAAAAAUUAACAACCGACAACAAAAUUUAUGAACCUGUAUCAACUACCACUGAGAUUACUUCUAAUAAUCCUGGAUUAACAUCAGUACCAACAGUUCCAUCGUUAUAUCCACAGAACUACUUCCCUAUGGUUUGGAAUCAAAUGGAUGUGUCUGUUAAUCCUAGUGCUUCAAUAUCUGCUCCAAGUACUUUAUUAGUGAAUAAUGUGUCAUCAUCGCAAGAUAAGGUUGUUAUAAAGAAGUGUUGGCACUGUGAUCCUAAUAUUAGACAGUUAAUGGCCCAAGUACCUUAUACCUUUCUACAGCAAAAUCCGAAUUAUCAAUAUUUUAUUACUGCUGUGCCUCUGCAGGACCCUAGUACAAAACUUCCAUGA